AUGCAGGGCUUCAACAUGGGCCGGUACGUCCCCCCGGACCUCGAGGGGACGGUCUCGGGCAACAAGCUACACAAGAAGCACCCGCUCGGCUCGCGGGCGUCCAAGCCCGGCGCCCUGACGGUGCGCUUCGAGAUGCCCUUUGCCGUGUGGUGCGGGACCUGCCCCAAGCCGACCAUAAUCGGGCAGGGCGUGCGCUUCAACGCCGCCAAGAGCCGCGUGGGCUCCUACUACUCGACCCCCAUCUUUGCGUUUCGCAUGAAGCACGCCGACUGCGGCGGCACCAUCGAGGUCCGGACCGAUCCGCAGAACACGGCGUACGUGGUGACCGAGGGCGGCCGGCGCCGCGACGAUGCCGAGGGCAAGGUCCGCGAGGGCGACUUGGAGAUCUUGACCGACGCCGAGCGGGAGAAGCUCCGAAACAACUCGUUUGCGAGACUCGAAAAGACCAUCGAGGAUCGCGAACAGCUGAUUGUCGGGAGGCAGAGGGUGGAGGAGCUGCAAGAGACCAAUAACAGGACGUGGGAAGAUCCUUACGAGAUGAACCGACGGUUGAGAAAAGAAUUCAGGGUCGGUCGGCACGAGCGGGAAAAGGACGCGCUCAAGACAGAGGAACUAAAAGACAAACUGAGUUUGGGUAUUGAACUUGUGGCCGAGAGAGAAGAGGACAAGCGACGGGCCGGUCUAAUCGACUUUGGCUCGACUUUGCAAGACGGUCGAGAGGACGAUUUGGAACGAAAAGGCUUGAGCCGACCUUUAUUCGACAAAAAGGCCCCAAGGCCCAAGAACGAAGCUUUGAUUGGGGCAAAGCGGCUCAAAUCCGAAGUCAAGGCGGAGCAGACAAAGGACAACUUGGUGUCUGAAUUAGUCGGGAAUACGCGAGUUGUCACUGAUCCAUUUUUGAAUUUGGACAGGAGCGCGUCUGUCACUAAAGCUUCCCAUAGGAUGCCAGGUAUCAAGCGGAAGCGUGUUGAAGAUGAAGAUCCAGAGACUGGCAGAUCGUCCCCGGAGCACAAGGUGAAAAGGGACACGGCAUCGGUGGCUUUGGUGAGCUACGACUCUGACACAGACUGA